AUGACGUCGAAGAUCUUAUCUGGGUCAGAAAAAUGUCGAUGUGACAGAUUCGGGUGAGAAGGACAGCCAUUGCCGAUUUUCCUAAUACUGAAAUUCAAAUAAAGGUGAGAGCUCUUUUAAACUAGAUUAUCCUCAAAUCAACUAUCUUUUUUACAGUACAAAGAAGCUGAAAGUAAAAGCAACAAAGAUGUCGCAAAUCAACGAAACACGUGUUGAUGACACAACAAAUCUGACGAGUUCUGGUGAGUUUACACAACAAUAUUCAAUGUGCUUCUUAGUUAUUCACAGUAGCUCAAUGGGUACUGUAGUUUGUGGCGCAACGCCUCAUAAAUUCCAGGAAUCUCAGGGUCUGGAUCAAUGUCACCACCAAUUUCAACACGUCCAUCAUCUGGUCAAGUUUCACCUUUGAUUUCAAAUGGUUCAUUAUCACCCCCACAAUAUGUUGAUGAUCAAGGAGGUGCUGAAUAUUCUGAAUCACCACGUGAUCUUUCGCCACUUUUACUUGCCGAAUUAGCAUGUUUGAAUAUGCGAGAAGUUGUUGCAAGACCAGGACUUGGAACUAUUGGAAGACAAAUUCCUGUCAAAGCCAAUUUUUUUGCUGUUGAUUUGAAGAAUCCAAAAAUGGUUGUUAUUCAAUAUCAUGUUGAAGUUCAUCAUCCAGGAUGUCGAAAAUUAGACAAGUAACAAACUAUUUUCAAGAAAGAAAUCAAUAAUUAAUUAACUAAUUUGCAGAGAUGAAAUGCGCAUCAUUUUCUGGAAAGCGGUUUCUGAUCAUCCAACAAUAUUCCAUAAUAAAUUUGCAUUGGCAUAUGAUGGAGCACAUCAACUUUAUACAGUUUCUCGUCUUGAAUUUCCAGAUGAUAAAGGAUCUGUUCGUUUAGAUUGUGAUGCAUCAUUGCCAAAAGAUAAUCGUGAUCGAACUCGUUGUGCAAUUUCAAUUCAAAAUGUUGGUCCAGUUUUGCUUGAAAUGCAAAGAACUCGAACUAAUAAUUUGGAUGAAAGAGUUUUAACACCAAUUCAAAUUUUGGAUAUUAUUUGUAGACAAUCAUUGACGUGUCCAUUAUUGAAGUAAGAUAAAUUGAGUUUAUUGAAAUUGAUUUAAAUUUAAAAACAUAUUUCAGAAACUCUGCCAACUUCUACACCUGGAAAUCAUCUUGUUACCGUAUUCCAACUGCAAAUGGACAAGCUUUGGAUUUGGAAGGUGGAAAAGAAAUGUGGACUGGAUUCUUCUCAAGUGCUCAUAUUGCUAGCAAUUAUAAACCACUUUUGAAUAUCGAUGUUGCUCAUACAGCAUUUUACAAAGCAAGAAUUUCAGUUUUACAAUUGAUGUGUGAUGUUUUGAAUGAGAGAAGCGGAAAAUCUGGUGGAAAUCAAAAUCGUGGACAAAUGCGUGGAGUUGGAGGAUAUCAAAGAGGUGGAAUGAAUUCACGCGGAGGAAUGUCUCGAGGUGGAGGAUGUGUGAAUUAUGGUGGACGUGGUGGUCCGCAAUCUCGUGAUGAUUUUGGUCAAAUGGGUCCAAUUUUCACUAUUGAGAAUUUGAGCCGUGACACACAAUUGUCAAGUUUUGAAGCAAGAGUUUUUGGUGAUUCGAUUCGUGGAAUGAAAAUACGCGCAACUCAUCGUCCAAAUGCAAUUCGUGUUUAUAAAGUGAACAGUUUGCAAUUACCAGCCGACAAAUUGAUGUAAGUUCUGAUAACUUUCGCCGUAAAUGUUUCCAAAUUAUAUUUAUUGCAGGUUCCAAGGUGUUGAUGAAAAUGGAAAACAAGUGAUUUGUUCAGUUGCGGAUUAUUUUUCUGAAAAAUAUGGACCAUUAAAAUAUCCAAAACUUCCAUGUCUUCAUGUUGGUCCACCAAAUCGUAAUAUUUUCUUACCAAUGGAACAUUGUUUAAUUGAUUCACCACAAAAAUACAACAAAAAAAUGACUGAAAAACAAACAAGUGCAAUUAUAAAAGCAGCUGCAGUUGAUGCAACUCAACGAGAAGAUCGUAUAAAAGCAUUAGCAGCACAAGCAGCAUUUAAUGUUGAUCCAUUUUUGAAAGAAUUUGGUGUUGCUGUAUCAUCACAAAUGGUUGAAACAACAGCUCGUGUUAUUCAACCACCACCAAUUAUGUUUGGUGAAAAUAAUCGAUCAGUUGUAAAUCCAGUUGUAUUUCCAAAAGAUGGUUCAUGGUCAAUGGAUAAUCAAAUACUUUAUUUACCAGCAACAUGUCGUUCAUAUUCAAUGAUUGCACUUGUUGAUCCACGUGAUCAAACUACACUUCAAACAUUUUGUCAAUCAUUGACUGCAAAAGCAACACAAAUGGGAAUGAAUUUUCCACGUUGGCCAGAUUUGGUUAAAUAUGGUCGAUCAAAAGAAGAUGUUUGUGUAUUAUUCACUGAAAUUGCUGAUGAAUAUCGUUUGACAAAUACCGUUUGUGAUUGUGUUAUUGUUGUAUUACAAUCUAAAAACUCUGACAUUUACAGUAAGUUAUUAAUAAUUGGCGCCCAAAAUCUACAGUAACCUUGAGUUUUGAUAGAUUGAAAAGAUUCGAAUUUCCAUUUCAAAUUAAUUUACAGUAACCUCAGUUUCAGACACCAAAUUAAUUGACAAACUCUUGAGUCGAAUACGGCUCUUUUCACAUCCCAUAAUUAUUUUUCCGAUUCACAAUUUUAUAUUUUUUGCAGUGACUGUAAAAGAGCAAUCUGAUAUAGUUCAUGGAAUAAUGUCACAAUGUGUUUUGAUGAAAAAUGUUCUUCGUCCAACAGCAGCAACUUGUGCUAACAUUGUUUUGAAAUUGAAUAUGAAAAUGGGUGGAAUAAAUAGUCGAAUUGUUGCUGAUCAAAUAACAAAUAAAUAUUUGGUUGAUCAACCAACAAUGGUUGUUGGAAUUGAUGUAACACAUCCAACACAAGCUGAAAUGAGAAUGAAUAUGCCAUCUGUUGCUGCAAUUGUUGCAAAUGUUGAUCUUUUACCACAAUCUUAUGGUGCAAAUGUUAAAGUUCAAAAGAAAUGUCGUGAAUCAGUUGUUUAUUUAUUGGAUGCAAUCCGUGAAAGAAUAAUUGCAUUUUAUCGUCAUACAAAACAAAAACCAGCUCGAAUUAUUGUUUAUCGUGAUGGAGUUUCAGAAGGUCAAUUUUCUGAAGUUCUUCGUGAAGAAAUUCAAUCAAUUCGAACUGCUUGUUUGGCUAUUUCUGAUGAUUUCCGUCCACCAAUCACUUAUAUUGUUGUUCAAAAACGUCAUCACGCAAGAAUGUUUUGUAAAUUUCCAUCUGAUAUGGUUGGACGUGCUAAAAAUGUUCCACCUGGUACAACUGUUGAUACUGGAAUUGUUUCACCAGAAGGUUUUGAUUUCUAUUUAUGUUCACAUUAUGGAGUUCAAGGAACAUCUCGUCCAGCAAGAUAUCAUGUUCUUCUAGAUGAAUGCAAGUUCACAGCUGAUGAAAUUCAAAACAUCACUUAUGGGUAAGUUCUAAAAACAUAUCUCUAUGAUUUCUUUAAAACCUUUAUUUUUUAUAGAAUGUGUCAUACAUAUGGUCGUUGUACUCGUUCAGUAUCAAUUCCAACACCAGUUUAUUAUGCUGAUCUUGUUGCAACUCGUGCCAGAUGUCAUGUUAAAAGAAAGCUUGGACUUGUUGAUUCAAUUGAAUGUGAUGCAAAUUCAAUGACUUCUUCACUUGCUUCUUUGAUGAAUUUUGGAAAACCUGGAAAGAAAGGUAAGAAUCAAAAUGAAGCUGAUGCAUUCUUGAAUAUGGGCGAUGGAAAUUCGGACCAAGUUUUGCAAGAUUGUGUCUCAGUUGCUGGUGACUUUAAAAGUCGUAUGUAUUUCAUCUAA